AUGGAAGGAGGAAGUGAAACAGGGAUUGAAUUAAAUCCUUAUGAAAAGUCGGACGCAGAACCACCAGGACGCCCUUCAUUUUUUAGCCUCCUUGUUGAUGAAGAAGAGGACGAUGGCGAAGAAGAAGAAGAUAAAGACGAGCAAAAACCAAAGCAAAAAGACAAAGGGUUUGAUGAGUUAAUGGAUAUAAUCGACCCAGACGACUUUUUACAACAAUACGUUGAAGCCGAGUUGGAAACUCAAACGAUGCUUUGGGGUGAUAUUUAUGAGGCUAAUAAGUGUUUGGAUUUUGCACCAACGACAUCACUUGAAGUCAAAUUGAAUUCAUUCAACAAACUUCUUUCAGUCUCUGGAAUAAUGGCAGACUGCGGCAAACGUAAAAAGGGAGGAGAAAAGAAGGUGAAGCCAGUUAGAGUAUACAAACAUAUCAAAGACAGUCUGACAAGCUCGGAAGACACUUCAACAACAGACUACUCAGACUCUUCUGAAACGUUCAUUUCUGGAAGACAAACCCCAAAUGACAUCUCACAUGAUGCCUUUAGUAGUGAAAAACUUUCUGAAGAUUUGGAAGACAAAAAGCACGCAAAUAUCUCUCCAGACAAAGUCACAGUUCCACCUUUACCAACCCCAAUUAUUAAACAGAACUCAGACAUCGAUAAUUCGAGUGCAGACGUCCCAAGCACUCCUACGGAAAAAGGAGAGAACAAGUCCGAGACAAGUGAGAGUGAAAACAAAUAUUCGAUUGAUGCAAAACCCUUUGUCAGAAAAGCGAAGAAACAAGAGAGUAAAAGCAUUGAAAUGCUUCCAAGUGACGAGAACAGAGUCGAGAAAUUUGGUAUUGAAAAGACAGACAACAUCAUCAAAAUAUCACAAGACGACAAAAACAUCAAAAUCGAUCUCUCAAAACCACACGCCAGUUUUGUCCCCAAAAAAAGACAAAAGAAGUUGACGCCACUGGCAGAUUCACAAAUCAUUGAAGCCAAAAUAGAAGAGGAAAAUAUCAUUAAAACGACUCCACAAGACCAAGGAGAGGUCGUACACACAACAACUAUUCCAAUUCCUUCAAAAUUAAUGGAAUUUCCAAUUGUCGAAGACUCUCCCAUUGACGUGGAGAACUUAAUUCAGACAAACAUCCCCGAAGAAAAGAAAGACGAUUCCAAGGUCGAGGGGAACGAAGUCAUUCAACUUAAGCAAACACCAAUUGACAUAAAAAUCGAGAACGCCGAUUCAAAACCUUUGAAAAAAAAAGAGAAGAAGGACAAGCGCAAGAAAGGGGACUUGAAAGAGGUCAAACCACAAGAACUUGUCAAUGUCGUUCUUCAAAUUCCUAAAGCAAAAAAGAAAGAAUCGCGACAUGACGACGUGAAGCGCGUAGUUCCAAUUUCUUCGAGUCCAGGAGUCGACGUUCAAAAGAAGAAAAACGCACAACUCACUAAGAGGACCAAGAAAGGAACAAGUCCCAACAACAUCGACCGCAAAACAAAGGACUUUGAAGAAGUAAAAACUGAACCAAUGAGAGAGAGAAAGGUCAAUAAGAUGAUGGAAAUUCAGAAGCCCGAAAUAGAGAAAUACAAAGAGACGCGAACAGUCAUUACACCACAACAAGAACUCCCGUGGCACAAGAAACUUCUUAUCUAUGCGAAAGAUAGUGGAGAGGAUUUCAUGGUGGUUUUCAAAUACCACAAACAAAUUGUACUCAUAGUGGUCACGGUAAUGACUUUCACAGGGGCUGUCAUAUUGUUCAUGUUGUAUAUGGUCAAUAGAGAAUCCGACUUCGACGACUAA